AUGGUCUCUUUUCGCUCUGUUGUGGCACUCGGUGCUAUUUCCCUCUCUGCUGCCAACGGUCUCGCUAUCGACAGUGGUGUCCCGCAUGGGUACAAAAUGGUCGAGCUCUCCUGGGAGGUCCGGCCUUUCCUCGACAACCGCACCGUCAUUAUCAACGGUACAGUCGAGCGCGUGUUCGACGAGCUGCUCGAGACAAACCCGCAGUACAUGGCAGAUUUCGCGGCAAUGGGAGAGACGGCGACUACACCCUCAGCUGAGCCGGUCGAUGCUCAGCUUUCCGGGAAGCUACCUCGUCCCCUCUGCGACUGGGGCAACCUUGGCGCAAAACCAGGUGUUAUCAGAGAAGGUAUCAGGUACUUGAGAACGAUACUGGGUGCCCCAGCUCUGGGCCCUGGACCCCAUGAGUGUGGCCAGGUAUCGUGCUCCUUCUCCUCUGCCAUAACGUGGUGCAACGACCGAAAGGAAAACAAGAAGCUAGAGUCCUUCUCCGACAUCGCGGAUCUGGCGCAGAUCAUCCUCGACAAGUGCGCCCAGCCCAACGGCCGCAGCGUUUACGGCAGCCAGACGUAUUCCGACUACACGUGGUACGUACGCGUCCACGGCAGAGACGACCCGGACGGUCCGACCAUCUGCCAAUGA